UCCCAGCAAGGGAACACCAGUUCAGUCUCUCCCCUCCUGUUAACCCGCGGAGCUGCAGCCUCUUCACAGCCUGUGGUGGACAGACGCCGACGCGGCUGCUUCCUGCUCCGGGGCGUAUGGAGAAUCAACCUUGGAGAAGGACGAAUGCGGGGUUUGUUCCAGCCUAUGCUUGCCUUUCCAGCGGCAGAGGAAGGACAGGGCAGAGCGAGGAGCAGACAUUCAGUGGUGAUCUUCAGGAGACGUAAACAGUGCCAUGCCCUGCUUCAUGCACCACCUCCUCCGAUCCGUCUCCUCCUCUGAGCUCUGUUUGACAGGAUAACAACAGAGGAGAGUACGAACAUAACGCUGCUGACGAAGGUUAAUAUGUUUGGAAAUGUGCUGAAGUUGUGUUUGGGAUAGGAGGCUGCAGCUGUCUGCACUGUAGGCAUCCUGCAUCCUGCAUCCUGACUUUGCUGUGUCCGUGUUUUGCGGCCAUGCUGCAGGCAGCACCCUCCGAGCUGUUCCCGACCUGAGAUGCACUCUCUGGGAUUAACAAGUUUCUGAAAGCAGACAACUAGAAGCUCCACUUCUUAAUGUUUUGGAUUUGUAUUUUAUACUCUUGGACCUUUCACUCCUCUGUGUAACUGGGUGAUAAUGAACAUUUUUCAUUUGCAGUUUGGAAUUCUAUUGCUACAAAUGCUUCACAUAUCAGCCCCAAACUGCAGGCUUUAAGAAUGAUCGGAUCAGUUGCAGACAUUUUGAUGAGAAAGGUAUCUCAACCAUUAAUCAAACCUGCCUCUGAAUGACUGCUUGGUAGGACCGGUCUUGUUAUUAUCACAGUUCACAUUAAAGCCACACCAUGGGUGCCAAGCAUACUAAAGGCCAGGAGCCCAGAGGACCCAGCCCUCAGCACCUCUGGAAGCGAACGCCCACCAGGGAGCGGGGCGACAUCUUGGCCUCCCUCAUGCUGAAGUCAGGUGACCGGCUGAGCCGUGGUGGGACUCCGCCACCGCCCUACCAGCGCCGCAUUGGCAUGAUCCAGGAGAUGAUGCUGAUGGCCAAGCAGGGCAAGCAGGACGAGGCCACGGAGAUGCUAAAGACUCUCCGACAGGACCUGGGCAUGGAGUCAACAUCUCUGGAUGACGUGUUGUACCGCUACGCCAGCUUCAGAAAUCUGGUUGACCCCAUCACGCAUGACCUGAUAAUCAGCCUGGCACGAUAUGUCCACUGCCCCAAGACGGAGGGCGACUCUCUCGGGGCGAUGGAGAAGGUUUGUCGCCAGCUGACCUACCAUCUCAGCCCCCACUCUCAGUGGAGGAGACAGGGCCUGCUCAAGAGGAAACCUCAGGCCUGUUUAAAGGCGGUGCUGACGGCCCCUCUGUCCAGCGGGGCGUUGGAUCUGUCCGGUAUUCCUCUGGUGGCUCGAGACAUGGAGCGUCUGUGUGCACACCUCCAGCGGCACGCAUCCAUCGUGGUCAGCCUGGAGCUGGGCUUCACCGAGCUGACGGACGAAGCAUUCCUCCUGCUCCUGCCCACACUGGCCGCCCUGCCACUAUUGGAAACCCUGGCACUGAACGGAAACAGGUUGACCAGAGCUGUUCUGAAGGAGCUGACUGACGCCCUGAAGGAUCCCGGCAGUUUCCCUAGCGUGACGUGGAUUGACCUGGGCAACAAUGUGGACAUCUUCUCCCUGCCGCAGCCCUUCCUGGUCAGCCUGAGGAAGCGCUGUCCCAAGCAGGGCAACCUGCCCACCAUCCUGGAGUUUGGAGAGAGUCAGGCCAGCGACCCCCCCGAAAGGCUCAGGGGGCUCGGGGAAGAGGAGGAGACCGACGACACCAACCGGACCGAGAGCAUGGGCGAGCUCCGGUCGGAGGUGGAGGAGGAGCUGGACGGAGAGAUGGAGAUCGAGGAGAUGAUGGAGGAGCUGCUAGACUUUGACAGGGAGGUGCAGGGGAAGGAGGACGAGGACGAGAGCAUGUGGACGGUGGAGGAGCAGAGGAAAGGGGGGAGGGGGAGGGGGUGUAGAGGGGAGGAGGAGAGGGUGGAGAAGGAGGCGGAGAAGGAGGCAGAGAAGAAGGCGCAACAACGGCCAGGGAGGAGGGCGGUGAUGGUCGACGAUGACGACGACACACACAGCCUGUCCUGCUCCAGCCAGUCACAACACUCCUCUGGAGCGGUUGAACCAAUGAGAGUGGAGGAGGACAACUUAGACGAGGUGACAGACCAAUCAGACCACUUGACCUGAUUGCUGCUUCCUGCCCCGCUCUGCUUAUGUUUACCCUCCUGUGUCGAGUCCUGUGUGGAAAGAGGCGAGAGAAGACUUUGUCUCCUGCAGAGGAUAACUGAGUGUGCUCAAAGUCAAACAGGCUGCAGUUGGGAGGACGUAAUACAUAUGAACACGCCGCUGGAUACUCCAUCCACUGAUGUGAUUUGUGAGCAGCCAUCGUAGCGUUCACAUACUGGCAGCUGAACACAGGUGGGGACUGUAACAUGAGAAGACAAUCCCCAACAGGACGUCUGUUUUAUCCUAACUGUCUGUUUUUAACCUAUGAAUAGACUCAAGGAUGCUCAUGCAUAGAUAGGCUGAUUAUUUAUAUCACAUGAGGCUUUUAUGUAAAGAAUGUUAAUCUUUAUUCAGGUCCUUUCCUCCUGGUAACCCUGGUGAUACCUACAUGUGCCUGUGACAUGUCCCAUUUGUUGAAAGAUAAAACAUUUGCAGAAAAUAUAAAAACAGAGAUACACAAAAACUAUUCAGGGCCCUUUAACCUUUUUAAAUAAUGCUUUUUUUUUGCCAAGAACUAGAAGUAGGAAUGUAUCAAAUGUUUCCCUCCCACAAACAUCGACUGCUAGCCAGAUGGAUGGGAAGACAGACGGAAAUCAAAAGUCAAGCCAACUGCUGUGUGGAAGCCAGUUGCUUCUUAAGGAAUGAGCAGAUGCACCGUGCUUUAGUGGAAGAGAAGUGCACUGAAGAUGAAAUUAUUCAGCUGAAACCAAAAGAAAUAGACAUAAAGAAAAUGACACGUGAUUGUGUGGAACACAGUAAAAAGUGCUCUGUUUUGGGGCUUGCUGUGGCCUCCAUGGGCAGUGGAUAAUAGUGACGAUCUUAUUGCCAUGUGUCCCAAAGCACAGUACUGGGGUAUCAAGUUUAAAUAUUUAGUAGCCUUUUCCUCAUAAUCCAGGUCAUGUUUCACUCCACGGUACUGCACAUUAGUGUGCGUCACAUGCUUACAGUGCUGUGUUUGUAUAUAGGCUGCAGCGAUUGAUCACAUUCACUACGCUGUCCGCUAGGUUACAACGACUUAUAUCCUUAUGCAGUAUGUAGCGCUCACCCUGUGCUUUCUAUUCAUGUGUCACUUGUAGUCCGAGCAAAGCUUUAAUAAACAAACUGUAUUUUUGGAUGUACAGUAUAUACAGCAUAUUAUUUUUAUCUGUGCAGGGACAAUUGUUUAGAUUGUAGAGUAGCUAUUUAUAUAUCUCUAUAAAUCAAGAUUAUUAUUAUUUAAAGAGGCAUACCACUCAAUUCAAGGAUUUAAAUAUAUUAUUUCUUUGUGGUCUGGGAUAGU